CUCCCGGUGCCCGCGGGCGCUGCCGCUUCCAGCGGAGGGAAUGCGGGCACCGGGAGCUGCCCGCGACGGGGAGGGCGCGGAUGGGCUCCCGCAGGCCGUGUCCUGCCGGCUUCGAGCCUGCGGUUCCAGGUCCUCUUUGGAACACGGGGUUUGUCCCCCACUCCCUCUCUGUCGGCUUCCCCCCCACCUCCUUGGUGCAUCGGGGAGCAGCAGAAAAAGCGUGGUCGGGAAACAAACUUAAGAGGAUGAAGCCUAAUAAAGGAAAGACUUUAACUAGAGAGAGAGACUAUGUGUACAAAUUCAGCGCUGGAAAUGAACAUUUCGUGCUUACUGUGCCUCUCAAAUUCCCUGUGCAAGAGAAUAUCAGUCAUUUACAUGGACGUCUGAUGGUUCUGCACAACCUGCCAUGCUUUAUAGAAAAUGACCUGAAGCAAUCUCUUAGUAAAUUUGUAGAAGAGGAAACCAUAAAAGAUUAUGACAGAGAAGCUGAAGUGGCUCUGGAAGCAGUGAAAUCAGGAAAAGUAGACAUCAACCAGCUGGCAGAUACUUGGGCUAAAGCUUAUAAAGAGACAACAUUAGAACAUGCCAAACCUGAAGAAACCAGCUGGGAUGAAGAUUUUGCAGAUGUUUAUCAUGAUCUGAUCCAUUCUCCAGCUUCUGAAAUGCUGUUAAACCUGGAACACAAUUAUUUUGUUAGCAUUUCAGAAUUAAUAAGUGAAAGGGACGUGGAGCUGAAAAAGCUACGUGAAAGGCAAGGAGCUGAAAUGGAUAAGGUGAUGCAGGAGCUUGGGAAGUCCCUGACUGACCAGGAUGUGAAUUCCUUAGCAGCUCAGCAUUUUGAGUCUCAGCAGGAUUUGGAGAACAAAUGGACCAAUGAAUUAAAACAGACUACUGCUAUCCAGAAGCAGGAAUAUCAGGAGUGGGUGAUAAAGCUUCAUCAAGACCUAAAGAAUCCCAACAACACCUCAGUCAGUGAUGAAAUUAAAGUUCAGCCCAGCCAGCUGAGGGAAUCUGUGGAAGGAAAUGGGAGAAUCUAUGAAGAGCAGAGGCUGUUAGAAGAAAGCUUUACUAUUCAUUUAGGAGCUCAGCUGAAGACCAUGCACAACCUGAGGCUGCUGAGAGCUGAUAUGUUGGAUUUCUGCAAACACAAGCGCAAUCAGCGCAGUGGGGUGAAGCUGCACAGGCUUCAGACUGCCAUGUCCCUCUACUCAACUUCCCUCUGUGGCCUGGUGUUACUGGUGGAUAACAGGAUCAGCUCAUACAGCGGAAUCAAAAGAGAUUUCGCAACCGUUUGCCAAGAAUGCACGGAUUUCCAUUUUCCUGGAAUCCAAGAACAACUUGAAAUUGUCCAGAAGGUUGUACUUAAGGCCAGAGCACAGCGUAGCAGCAAGACAAAAAGACACCAUGAAAAUAAAAUCGGUGGGAAUGAAGAUAAAUUAAAGAAUAUCGAACGAAACCAGUCGAACAUUUUGCCGGGAGAGUUCUACAUCACACGGCACUCAAACCUCUCAGAAAUCCACGUUGCCUUUCACCUGUGCGUGGAUGACAACGUCAGGUCUGUGAACGUGACUGCCCGGGACCCGGCCAUCAUGGGGCUCAGGAACAUCCUCAAGGUCUGCUGCACACACGACAUCACCACCAUCAGCAUUCCCCUCCUGCUGGUGCAUGAAAUGUCAGAAGAGAUGACCAUUCCAUGGUGCCUGAAGAGGGCAGAGCUCGUGUUCAAGUGCGUCAAAGGUUUCAUGAUGGAAAUGGCCUCAUGGGAUGGAGGAAUUUCUCGGACUGUACAAUUCCUGGUACCACAGACAAUUUCAGAGGAAAUGUUUUACCAGCUGAGUAACAUGCUGCCACAGAUCUUCAGAGUGUCCUCCACACUGACUCUGACCUCCAAGCACUGAUUUCUGUGGAGCACUAACCUGUAUCCUAUUGGCAGAGGAUGAGAUUAAGGAGAUUCUGGACUAGGAUGUCUCUCUUUCCUGUGGACUCAUGACCCCAAAGUGGCAUUUGUUGCAAUUUCAAGAAUUGUGUUGUAAUAAAAGAUAAAUGUUGUC